CCCGGCUCAAAUGCAGUUGGGUUCUGUGGUGCCAAUUAGUGGAGUUGUCGAUAGAGGAAAGAUAGAGGGAAGGAGAUAUGGCCGCUACAAUGGGAAGUAGAACCCUCUUUCACCCUUUCUCAGCUGCAGCUGCUGCUGCUUCUUCUUCUUCUUCUUCCACAUUCGCUGGUAAGCACAUCAGCAGCUAUCCAUUCGUUAGUACCUUCUCGCCUGCAAGCCCAAGAUCCACCACUUCACGUCCCCAAUCAACCAUAGUUCGAGCACAGCGACCUACCUGGCUUCCUGGACUUGACCCACCUCCUCACCUCGAUGGAAGUCUAGCCGGAGAUUAUGGUUUCGAUCCUCUCGGGCUCGGAGAGGAUCCAGAAAGUUUGAAAUGGUAUGUGCAGGCAGAGCUAGUGCAUGCUCGUUUCGCCAUGGCUGGAGUUGCCGGAAUUCUUUUUACUGAUUUGCUUCGUGUGACGAGAAUAAGCAACGUACCAGUUUGGUAUGAAGCAGGGGCUAUGAAAUUCAACUUUGCCAGCACAGAGACCCUGUUCAUUGUUCAACUCUUCUUGAUGGGAUUUGCAGAGACAAAGAGGUACAUGGAUUUCACUAAUCCUGGAUCCCAGGCUCAAGAGGGAACCUUCUUCGGGCUUGAAGCCGCACUAGAAGGUUUAGAACCAGGCUACCCUGGUGGUCCAUUGCUCAAUCCUCUUGGUAUAGCUAAAGAUAUAAAAAGAGCUCAUGACUGGAAGUUAAAAGAGAUCAAGAACGGACGGCUGGCAAUGGUGGCCAUGCUUGGUAUAUUCAUCCAGGCAUAUGUGACUCAUGUUGGUCCCAUCGACAAUCUCAUGGAACAUCUCUCCAACCCGUGGCACAGAACUGUAAUCCAGACACUGUAUGGUGCAGGUUCUUGAAUACAAAGAAACUCAGUUCCUGCUUCACCAUUUUCUCUGUGUCAUCAUAUGUUACCUUUGAUGGCGAUGGAUGGUAGUUCAUAGUUUCAAAGAUGUAACCAAGCUGCAUUUCAAGAAAAAUGAGCUUACAGGGGCCAUGACUUGCCUUAAGUGAACCAGAAUAAUGAGUUUUAAUUUAGGAAGUAGAAUAUGCAAACUUGACUGUAGCAUCACAAUAUGCUCGGAUGGUAAUCUACAUUUUCACCAGUGAGACA